AUGGAGUCCGUGUGGUGCCACGACUGCGCUCGGCGCGUGCACGUCGCCGCCGCGGCGCUGGAUCAGGGCUCGCGAGACGCCAAGUGCCCGUCCUGCGACGGCAUCUUUCUCGAGCGCGCCGAGUCGUCGUCCGCUGCCGCGCCCGCGCGCGGUCAAAGGACGGGCAUCUCCGUCGUCUUCGGUCCCGCGUUCGUCGCGCACGGCGACGGCGCGUUCGGCGACUUUGACUUCACGCAGUUGGACACGCGAAACUUCGACGCGCCGUGCGACGCGCGCGCGGUGGAGGCGCUUCCGGAGCGCGCGUGGGACGGCGGCGACGAGAAGACGUGCUCGGUGUGCCUCAGCGAGUUCGCGCGCGGCGAUCGCGUGAAAACGAUACCGAAGUGCUCGCAUGAGUUUCAUUUGAAUUGUUUGACGGAGUGGUUGAAACUGCGCGAUACGUGUCCGGUGUGCAGAUGCAAGGUGUGCGACGAUGGCGUGGCGACGACGACGACGGCGUGA